AUGGCAUCAGGUCCUUCUGAUAAGGGCAAGGGGAAGAAAUCUUACGUAGUGAAGUUGAUGACACGUUUCAAUAAUGAAAUUGGUUCAACCAGUCAACCAACUACACCUACCUCUACCUCUACUGGUAGAUCUGUUCCACCUCCAUUAGUUGUUCCUGCCUUCACUCCCACUCCACAUCAAGUUCCUACAUCUUCACCUACCUCUAUUGGUACAUCUCUUCCACCUCCAAUACAAGUGCCUGGCUUGACACCCACUCCAUACCAAGUGCCUCCUUAUCUUCAGGCUUCACUCUCUCCCAAUGUUGGUUCUAACCCAUCAACUCCCAGAAAUAUUGCAGCAUCACCUGGUAUAGAGGAUGCAGAUCCACAUUCUAGUUCAGCUGCCAAUAACAUGGAAGAAUGUUCCAAUAGUCAUCCAAUGAUUACACCCGUUGGAGGAGGGUUUUAUCCUACAAAAACUGCAUCCAAGGCAAUCACAGCCACCAUCAAGGAACAGUUUGAUGAGCCAUGGCUAACAUGGGGUGCAAUCCCUAAGUCAACCAGAGAUGUCUUCUUCGAACGUUUUAAGUCACAAGAGCUUGGUCGGUCUGUGCAUGUUGAUGAAAUAUUUCAGCAGACACAUAUUCGUCAAUCAACAGGAGAAUUUGUGGACGAAAGGUCUAGGCGGACCCAUGAACAAUUUGUUGCAAAAUUUUCUCAAAUUAGAUCUGAGACUACAUUUGUUGGUGUCUCAACAUCUUCUCCUCUAGACCCUGCGGAGGAGGAAAGAUUGAGAAACCGAUGUUGGUUAGAGGAUGCUGGUGGAAAAUACAAGGGACGUGUAUACGGCAUUGGAAAUGUCACUUCCCAAGAUGACUGUGUUGAUAGUUACAUCCAACAGACACAUGCAUCUUCUACUGCUCAACCUCAAAAUUCAGAAGAAAUUCUUAACCUGAAAUCGUAG